AUUAUGUUCCUAACCUAUAUGACGAACAGAAGAUUGAAAAGACCACGCUGUAUAGGUUUCUAAUGAUUGCGAGCAAUUAAUACAUGCGCAUUUAUAUAAAGAAUUAAUAUUUUUUUAAAAUGGGGAAAAAAUCGAAGAUUGGAAAGCAGAGGAAAGAUAAAUACUAUCAAUUAGCUAAAGAAACAGGUUACAGAUCGCGUGCUGCUUUCAAAUUAAUUCAAUUAAAUAGAAAAUUUGAAUUUCUUCAAAAGUCCAGAGUAUGCAUCGAUUUAUGCGCUGCACCUGGCGGCUGGAUGCAAGUUGCCAGGCAAAAUAUGUCAACGUCAUCGAUAGUUAUUGGUGUAGAUUUAUUCCCGAUAAAGCCUAUUCCGGGAUGUCUCAGUCUUGUGGAAGAUAUUACGACAGAUAAAUGUAGAGUUGCUAUCUCACGUGAAUUAAAAACAUGGAAGGCAGAUGUUGUUUUAAACGAUGGUGCUCCCAAUGUAGGAAAAAGUUGGCUUCAUGAUGCAUAUCAACAAGUUGUUUUGACAUUAUCGGCUCUUAAAUUAGCUACUCAGUUUUUAAAAGCUGGUGGUUGGUUUAUAACAAAAGUGUUUCGAUCUAAAGAUUAUAACCCAUUGGUUUGGGUACUAAAACAAUUGUUUAAAAAGGUACAUGCUACUAAACCUCAAGCGUCACGUAGCGAAUCUGCAGAAAUUUUUGUAGUUUGUCAAUAUUAUAUUGCUCCUGAUAAAUUAGAUCCCAAGUUCUUUGAUCCGAAGCAUGUCUUUUCUGAAUUACAAAUAGAAACUACAAAGAAAUUAAAUGUUCUUUAUCCAGAAAAGCAAAAAAAAUCUAAAGUAGAAGGAUAUCCUGAGAACGAUUACACAUUAUAUCAUACAAUAUCUGCAAAAGAAUUUAUUGCCUGUGAGGAUGCAGUAGCAGCUUUGCAGAAUGCUUCUGAAAUAGUGAUAGAUGAUGAAAUUAUCGAUAAGCACGAGAAAACAACUAAAGAAAUUAGGGAGUGUUGUAAAGAUAUUAAAGUGCUUGGGCGAAAAGAUGUGAAACUUCUACUUAAUUGGUGGAAAGCGUUAAAAAAGGCAGAAACUGAAACAAAUGGAGAGAAGAACGUAAUUAAAGAUGAAAUUACUACCACAUCUGCAACUAUUAGUCUCGAAGAACAGGAGGAUUUGGAAGAUGAGGCAAUUCAGAAACAGAUUGUUGAGCUCCGGGAAGCAGAAGCUAGAGAGUUAAAACGCAAGAAAAAGCAAGCUAAUAAAGAAAGGCAGAAGUUAAACGAACGUCUCAAUUUGAAAAUGAUUCACAAGAGCGACGAGGGACCUAAAUUGGAAAGAGAUGAUUUGUUUAACUUAAACCAGAUUCAAACCUAUCAACAAUUAGAACAAGCCACAGAUCAGACGCCUGAUAUCUUAGCAGAGAGCGAUGUGGACUCGGACGAGGAAGUCAAACCGAAAACGAUUUAUUACGAGAAAGAUACAGGUUAUUUGGACAACAAGGGUUUGUAUUAUAAAUCAGAAGAUAGCGAAGAAAGCGAUACCGAUUCAUCAGACGAUGAGAGCGAAAAAUCGGGAUUAGGUUUGGACGAAUCAGAAGACGAAAUUACUAAUAAACCGCAGAAAAAACAACAAUUUAAAGAUCCUGAAAGCAAUCCGUUGUUAACUGAUUUAGAUUUUCGGGAUAAAGAAACCAAAAGAGCACAUAAAGCAGCACUCUGGUUUGAGAAAGAUGCAUUUAAAAACUUAGAGAACGAAGACGAUGCAGAUUAUGAAUUAGAUAAAAUGAUAGAACAGUACAAGAAGAAAGGUGGACAUGUCCUCGGAGAAGGGAAGAAAAUGCAAGCAAAAGUGGAUGAAGAAAAGAAACGAAAACGCAAAAUCAGUGAAAAUGAUGAUACUAAUUCAGACUAUGACAUGGAAGAAAUGAUGGCUCCUAAUAAAAAAUUGAAAAAGAUCGGUGGAAAGGAUGGUUUUGAGAUAGUGCCACAAGAAACAGAUAAAAAGUCAAAGAAAAAAAAACUGACUUCCGAAGAUUUAGCACUCGGAUCGUUGCUAAAUCAAAGUAAAAAAUCUCGAAGAGACUUGAUUGAUUCAGCUUGGAAUAGAUAUGUGUUUAACGACGAGAAAUUACCCGAUUGGUUUGUAAAGGAUGAAGAAAAACAUAUGAAAAAAGAAGUGCCAGUACCUAAAGAACUUGUCGAUGAUUAUAAAAAGAGAGUGGAGGACUUGAAUAUAAGACCUAUUAAGAAAGUAAUGGAAGCUAAAGCAAGAAAAAAGAGACGCGCAAUUCGCAAACUUGAGAAGGCAAAAAAGAAGGUAGAAGCGUUGAUGGAUAACGUAGAUAUUAGCGACAGGGAGAAGGCCAGACAAGUUAAAGCGUUGUACAAGAAAGCUCGCCAGGAGCCAAAAAAGGAAGUUACGUAUGUCGUAGCAAAGAAACAUACCGCGCAAAAGCGAGCCGUUCGGCCUCCUAGUGUGAAAAGUCGAUAUAAAGUAGUCGAUCCGAGGAUGAAGAAAGAUUUACGCGCGGCAAAAGCGAAGGAAAAAACUAAAGGACGUGGAAAGAAAACGCGAGGCAAUAAUCGAGGCAAAAAACUGAGGGUACAGCCUAAAAAUAUGAAGAGGAAAAGUAAAUAA